UCCACUCCGAUUUUCCGUUCCUUGUCUAAAUGAUUUAGUUUUCUUUUCUUUUUUUCUUUCUUUCUUUCCAUUUCUUCCCGUUUUGUUUCUUCUUUUUUAUCUUUCUCUCUUUUUACUCCUUCUCUAUUAGUUCCACUCUUCAAUGAGGAACAAUGGCGAUACACAGGCACAAAAGGAACCCAGUCUCCCGGAUCUUGAAGAAACCUCUCUUCCAGUCGAUACUAAUGAAAAAUCCAUCACUACCACAGAUCUGACUCGUAUGGCAAAUGCUCCUUUGAAAGUGAAACUUAUGGUCCUUUUUUGUAUGCUUUUACUACCUAUUGGAUGUCAUUUUAUGGAAGCUACCAUGGGAACUCUCAAGACUUCAUUGAAAAAAUCCAUGCACAUCAACAACACACAGUUUGGGAUCCUUUUAUCCGCCGUAACACUCGUUAAUACAGUACUUCCUCUUUUGGCAGGUGCCUUUGUUGAUGAUACUACAGGUUUUGGGUCCGUCCGUGCUACCACUUUUGUGAGUUUUGUGAUCUUUUCUGGUUCUCUUAUUGUCUCAUUGGCCGCCGCUUAUAACAAUUAUCCAGCAAUGAUUACUGGUCAAAUGAUUUAUGGGUUAGGAGGAGGAAUGAUUGUGACAAUGCAAGAAGCAAUUCUAUCGAAAUGGUUUCGAAAUCAACAACUGGCUAUUGUUAUUGGUGUUAUUUUAUCUUUGGCUCGAUUGGUGAAAUGGUUGGCUAAAAUGAUCUGUUAUCCUAUUGUUAAUGCAACCGAUGACGCCAAUGCUCCUAUCUAUAUUGCUACCAUGAUUUGUGCUGUUGGAUUUGCUAUGAAUGGUGUUUACUGGUAUAUUAUGUGUCAUUAUGGUUGGGCAACUUCUUCCGGUAAAGAAUUGUCUUCUCCUAAUCAAAACAUACGACCAAACAAUGAUGAUGAUAAUCAACAUCCUUUUGAUCAUCUAAAGCAUACUUCUUCUUUAUCUCCUAUGACAACUAUUCGUUGGAUCUAUCGAUGGCUCUUCUUUUUACCCUCUAUCUUUUGGAUGAUACCAUGGAUUCAAUUUAUCAUGUCAAGUGUUCUCAGUAGUUUUGAUGAUAUUGCUACUGAAUAUGUUCAAUUCCGGUUCCAAACAACUACAGUGAUGGCUGGUUAUCAAAGUAGUUUGUCUCAAGUUGUACCUAUUGUGGUGGGACCUAUUAUGGGUAUUAUUAUUCAUCGCUUUGGACAUCGAGUGACAAGUUUAUUCGUAGGAACUCUAUUUUUGGUGGUGUCAAUGAUCUUGAUGGGUUACACAAUGAUCUCGCCAGCUGUCGGUAUGAUUCUUUUCUCCUGUGCCCUUGCUUUUGGCCCCGUAUCUGUUCUCAGUUCGACUGCUAUGUUAUUACCCCAUGGAUUAGUUGGUAUCGGUGCAGGUUUACAUAAAUGUGCUAACAAUAUAGGGACAACUAUUGUAGCUGUCAUUGUAGGAUACGUUCAAGAUUUAACUUAUCAUGAUGGAAACCCUUCCGAUGACAAUGCAGAUCUACAAACUGAAUAUGAUGGUGUCAUGAUUUUAUAUCUCUCAUUGGCCUGUGGUUCGACUUUGAUAGCAGUGAUUCUUUGGUGGAUGGAUCGACGUCAAUUGAUGGGAUGGUUACAAGCAGAUAAAAAAGAUCGAGAUCAACGUUUGGAAGUAUUAACAUCAAUGGAACCAAAUAAAUCUUGUUCUAAUCUUGCUGCCAUUGGAAGUCAAGUACGAAAAACCAAAUCCUAUGUAUAUGUUGGCAUCUACUGUUUUUGGUUAUUGGCUGCUUGGGUUAUUUUCUUUGUUUUUGCCUUGAUGCCAGUUUAUAUGAAUUACGAAUAAGUCAUCUCCUUUUUUUUUUUAUGUGUAUAAUUAGUUGUUUUUAUUUUAUUCUUUGAUUUUUUUUUUUCAAAAUACAAUUAUCUCCCCCCUCCCACUUUGUAUAUAGAUAUAUUUAUAUAAUAGCAUUUUGAAAAUAAAAAUAAAAUGAAAAAAACGUG